AAAGUAAUUCAAACGACGACAUAGAGGAACUGUACCGCUUGGACGCGGUCGCCAUCUUUGUUAGGGGCAUGGGGCCAUCCGGUUGGAGAGGAAGAAAACUUAAUUGGGUUGGAGGGGCAGAGUUGGUAUGAAGGCGGGAAUUUGGUCAUCUUGCAUCUCGCUCUCUGCGGGUUUCAAACCGGAAGCCGACUUCCUGUGACUACCUGCAUGCUCCCAGACCCGCACUGAGUCCCCAGGGGGGUGACUUUCUGGGGUGCGGGCUUCCAGAUGGGGGAGGAGGGACCAGGGGGCACCGUGCAUCUGCUGUGCCUGGCAGCCUCCAGCGGAGUCCCCCUGUUCUGCAGGAGCAGCCGCGGUGGCGCCCCGACCCGUCAACAGCUCCCUUUCUCUGUCAUCGGCUCCCUCAAUGGAGUCCACAUGUUCGGCCAGAAUCUGGAUGUGCAACUCAAGUCUGCGCGGACAGAGGACACGACGGUGGUGUGGAAGAGCUUCCAUGACAGUGUUACUCUCAUUGCUCUGUCAUCUGAGGCGGGCACCUCGGAGCUGAGGCUGGAGAGAAUGCUCCACAUGGUGUUUGGCGCCAUGGUACUCGUGGUGGGACUCGAGGAGCUGACCAAUAUCCGGAACGUGGAGAGACUGAAGAAAGAACUAAGGGCCACUUACGGUCUCAUCGACAGCUUCCUGGGGAACUCGGAGCUCAUCGGGGACCUGACCCAGUGUGUGGAUUGUGUCAUUCCUCCAGAGGGCUCCCUCUUGCAGGACACCCUCUCCGGGUUCGCGGAGGCCACAGGCACAGCCUUCGUUAGCUUGUUGGUGUCAGGCCGCGUGGUGGCCGCGACAGAUGGCUGGUGGAGGCUGGGCAUGCCCGAGGCCGUGCUGCUCCCCUGGCUGGUGGGGUCCCUGCCGCCACAGGCCGCUCGCGACUACCCGGUGUACCUGCCGCACGGGAGCCCCACGGUGCCGCACCGGCUGCUGACGCUAACGCUGCUGCCCCGCCUGGAGCUGUGUCUUCUCUGUGGGCCCCGCCCGCCGCUCAGCCAGCUGGAACCGCAGCUGCUGGAGCGCUGGUGGCAGCCGCUGCUGGACCCGCUGCGGACCUGCCUGGCACUGGGUGCGCGGGCGCUACCCGAUGGCUUCCCCCUGCACGGCGACAUCCUCGGCCUGCUCCUGCUGCACCUCGAGCUGAAACGCUGCGUCUUCACCGUGGAGCCCUUGCGGGAUAAAGAGCCUUCUCCGGAGCAGCGCCGGCGCCUCCUCCGCAACUUCUACACGCUGGUGACCACCACGCACUUCCCACCAGAGCCAGGGCCUGCAGAGAAGGAAGAUGCAGCCCACCCUGCCCAGGUGCCCAGAGCUUGCUACCUCGUGCUGGGGCCAGGCAUGGGGUGGCAGCUGGUGGCUCUGCAGCUGGGGCUACGGCUGCUGCUGCUGCUGCUGUCCCCUCAGAGCCCCACUCAUGGACUGCGAAGCCUGGCCACUCACACUCUGCAAGCCCUCACCCCACUCCUUUGAUCACCUAGGGGUGGGCAGCCAAGAGAUGGGGCCAAAGUAGCGUCUCUCUGUUUAUUCGCUCACAAUAAUACACGGCCCCUGGAUGGGGAAGGGAGGAAGGGCGACACGGGUAGGGUGGGAGGGGAGGAGGCACCCACUUCCCUGCCCCUCUCCCCUCUGUGCUUUGGGGGAAGGGAAGGAGGGGGCUCCCCCUGACCCCCCAGAAUGUAAACAGCAGCAGAUGAACAAAAAUAAAAAUACAAAAGGCCA